CUCAAAUCAUCAAAAUCGAAGCUCAGUUCGUGGGUUUUUGAAAUCAUUGAACAAUUUUGUGGUUUCAAACCUUAAUUUUAUAUUAAUUCUGUGUAAAACUGUAAUGGAUCGAGCCGCCGCCGCUCACGGCCGUCAUCUUCCGCCGCCGUUCAUUUCAAGAGACCUUCAACUCAAUCCCCACCACCAUUUCCUCCACCAAAACCCCGACCAACACAACGGAAAUGAUAUCUCUGACGGCGGCGCCGCCGUGGAGCUCAAGGAGUUAAGCGGCGGCGAGGGCUCGAGACGGCCACGAGGACGCCCGGCUGGGUCGAAGAACAAGCCGAAGCCGCCGAUGAUAAUCACACGCGACAGCGCUAAUGCACUACGGUGCCACGUCAUUGAAAUCGCCAACGCCAACGACGUGAUCGAAACCCUAACGAUUUUCGCACGUCAGCGCCAACGUGGCAUUUGCAUUCUGACCGCCGCCGGAGCGGUCACUAACGUCACACUCAAACAGCCGGCUGCCUCCGCCACCGGUGCGGUGAUCGCUCUGCCGGGGAGAUUUGAGAUUCUUUCGCUGUCGGGGUCGUUUCUGCCGCCGCCUGCGCCACCAGUAGCGUCGAGGCUGACCGUGUAUUUAUCGGGCAGGCAGGGGCAGGUUAUAGGAGGAAGUGUGGUGGGACCACUUUUGAGUUCGGGACCGGUGGUGAUUACUGCGGCUUCGUUUGGAAACGCGGCGUACGAGAGGCUGCCGUUGGAGGACGAUGAAAUGGCGGUGGAGACAGCGCCGGAGGCUGGAAGUAGUCCGGUUAAGUCGCCGGGAACUGCCGUGCAACAUCCACAAUUUUCGCCGGAAUUUCAUGGAAUGGCGCCAAAUCUAAUGAAUACCUGUCAAUUGCCGACGGCGCCCUACUGGGGCACAGGUCGUACUCCGCCAUUUUAG